CCAGAACUCAAAAGAAGCCACCUUCUUCGGACUGUCCUCGCAACCUUCCUCUGUUUUUGAUUUUCUUCAACUGAAAACAAGCAAACAAACAAACAAGGAAAAAAGCAGAAGCGAUUAACACUACUUUUCCAGAGAUCAGAAAAAUUGUUUUUAUUACAAUGGGAGCAACAGCUAAUCCUUAUUCUCUCUCUUCCUCACCGGCUCACCCAUCACCUUCACUGAACCGUUCUCUUUUCCCUCGUUUUCAUCGACCCUUGUUAAAGCUUCACUUCUUCAACGAGCCUCAAAGUCCGAGACUCGUUGCGGUUCGUUCCCAGAACUCGAAUUCGGAAUCUCCAGUUUCGAAUGUCGAUGGGUUCGGAUCUGGGUCCAAAAGAUCGGCUUAUUUCGACGAUUCCGAAGCUUCAUCUUCUUCUUCGGCCAUUGAUUUUCUCACAUUGUGCCACCGUUUAAAGACAACCAAACGGAAGGGAUGGAUCAAUCAUGGGAUAAAAGGUCCUGAGUCUAUUGCUGAUCACAUGUACCGCAUGGCGUUGAUGGCUUUGAUUGCUGGUGACCUUUCUGAUGUUAACAGGGAGAGGUGUAUCAAGAUGGCAAUUGUUCAUGAUAUUGCUGAAGCUAUUGUUGGAGAUAUAACACCAUCCGAUUGUGUGCCUAAAGAAGAAAAAAGAAGAAGAGAACAAGCAGCUUUGAACGAAAUGUGCGAAGUUCUUGGUGGAGGGAUGAGGGCUGAAGAGAUCAAAGAACUAUGGGCAGAGUAUGAAAAUAAUUCUUCCAUGGAGGCUAAUCUUGUGAAAGAUUUUGACAAGGUGGAAAUGAUUCUGCAAGCAUUGGAAUAUGAAACCGAUUGUAAUACACACUGAUUCUGGUGCCUGUAAGGGAGAUAGUUAGAACAUGGGAGAGUUCUGGAUGAGUUUUUUCUUUCAACUGCAGGAAAAUUUCAAACUGACAUAGGAAAGAGUUGGGCAGCUGAGAUAAUCUCGAGGAGAAACUCAAGAUUGGCAGACAAGCAUCAUUAAUCCCGGGGUUAACUUUCAGAUUUAUCUCUCAGCAAUUUUUCCACUCCUAUAACUGGUCUUAUGCAACUGUUUUUUACUGAGAUUAUGUGAAUGAUUUUCCUUCAUGUUCACACACCUGCCCAAGUCCUUGUUUUGAUUUUGCUAUGUCAGAAAGAUAGCCGAUUUGUAUUUAGAAGUGACUACAGUUGAGGAUUUCUCAUCGUCAGCCGAAUAAAUAGAUGAAUAGCUGGCGUCUUGUCAGAUUAAUUACCUUUAAGUUGCACGAUAAUAAGCCCAUAUAUUUUUGCUACAUAUUUGAUGCAUGAACCGUGAACGAAAUCUUGUAGUGUUGACAGUAGAAUUGCGAGCUAUAUUAUUAGAUGUGUCCCUGUUUCCUUUGAGCCCAAGUUUAUAAACUCUUGCUAAACAGCGAGAGAACUGAUUGAUGCUGUACUUGUACUAGGGAAUAGAUGGAUAAUGCAUGGUUGAAG